AUGACCACCAGAGACACGAUCUCCCAAGAGACCACCAAUCCAGGGCUCCACCGCUCGGGCACGCACCUCUUUGCCCACCGCAUCCGGCGCACGCUGUCCUCGCUGGCGUCGCCCCUCGGCGGGUCUGCCACGGGGCAGGCGAGCUACGUCGUCCAGGACCCCGCGUUCGCGCUCGGCGUCCCGCAGAUCGUGAACCUGUUCUGCAGCGAGGACGCCUCCCCGGCGGCGGCCGCCGCGGACCAGGGCGGCGGCGCCGCCGCCGACGAGCAGGACCAGCCCCUGAGGGGGAGCGGCGGGGUCGAGGAAGCCCCCUCCACGCCGCCGCCGAAGGGGCGAGGCGGCAGCCUCGAGGUGCCUCUGCCGCAGAGCGCGCUGGACACGCGGCCGUCGCUCAGGAGCUGCCAGACCCGCACCUGGGGGCCAGGCUUCGGGCUCCAGCGCCGUCGGAGAUCAGCACCGUCAUAA